GAUAAAGAUUCUUGUUUUUUUUAUUGCUGUCUUUUGAACUGGGUCACUCUCUGGUCCGCGUUUCAGCAGCCAGUUUUGGUACAGAUCAGUGAUCAUUGUUCUUUCUAUGUUUAUUUGAUAUUUUCUUUCGAUCUCCACUUCCGUUUCAGGUUUUCUUUAGUGUUCAAUAUUACCAUGUUAUGAUUUUCUAGCAUUUCUUGUGAUUGGACUCUCUAGUUUUCAGUACGUUUGGUUUAUGCCCUUUCAGAUCAAAUUCAUUCUCAAUUUUAAAGUUUUUAGUAUUUCUCGCGCGUAUAGUAGCAAUAAAGGGUGGUUCUUGUUUUUGGAUUUACUGGUUUUAAUCGGGCUUUGGAGUCUGAUAAGAAUUCAGUAGAUCUGAUACACGUGUCCUUUAAAUGGAUUUGCAUUUGAAGAGCCUGUUUGAUAGAUUCCAGGAGCAAUUUGGAUCUGGUCCGGGGCUUGGUCCUGGUUCAGGGACCUGCUUGAUGACGGUGGAGGGUAUUGCUCCUAAUUUCAUCAAGUCAAUUUACAAAGCUUGCGCUGCUCUUUACAGAACUGAUCCAUGGAGAAGAUUGCGUCCACCACAUUUUUUUGGAAUCCGGGUAGGGAAGGACUCAGAUUGGUCCAGCAAGAAACAACCUUUCCCAUGUGUUCAGUUCAUAGGAGGUGAUGGUGGGGAUGUUGGCUUUUACUUGUUUCGAUCUGAAAAUGAUGCUAAGAAGAUGACAGGGUCUAGAGAGACAAUUUGUGUUCCUAAUGUUGAGCUUUUGAGGGUCACAUAUGAACCUGAAUCGUUGAUGUUUCCUUCUAAUAGGAAAAUGAUCAAGUCGUUGUCACUGGAAGUAUCAGGUACUGAUAGAUUUCCUGUAAUUGAUGUUGCACGUUGUAUGUCUUCUGGUGUUCUUCGGUUUAGACAUCCAACUCUUGAGGAGCUUAGGUUUGUGUAUGCGUUAGUGAAAGCCAUGUCUCUGGUGCAUCCUUUACUUCAGGAAGAUAAAGAAGGUGCUCCAAAGUGGUCAAAGUUGAUGUAUUUUGAACCAUUUAUUGAGACUGUUGACGUUAACUGGCCUCCAGAAAUGGCCAAGGGUUACGACCUUGUUGCAGUUACAAUCUCGCAUCCGCCUGGUCAAGCAUAUGAGGAAAAGGGAAGCUCGACAGCGAGCUCGACACCCACCAAGUAUGCUGAACGACCCAGGGAGGAGAUCUUUAUUGAUAUGAGAGCAAACUCAAAUUCCAACUUGAGGAAGUGCAUAAUGUGUGAGAAAGAAGUUCAUGGAGAACAGGCUCUCUCUUGUGGGCAGUGUCGAGCAGUGGUCUACUGUGAUUCUUUCUGCCAGAAGCAGCACUGGAAGGAAACACAUAAGAGCAUGUGCGGCCUUUACAAGGCUAUGAUGGAAAGGGAAGAAGAGCUAGUAAUAAAAAUCUUUGUGUUCCCCUGUUCUGCUGAACAACCUUGUAAAUGGCUCGAGUCAUUAGGUGUCCAUCAGAAAGGAAUGUGGAGGAGAAAGUGUAGCUGCUAUUCUCACUGCCCCUUUGGACUCCUUCCUGUUAAAGGUGGAUUGUGGGAUUCAUGGGGUGGGCUGGACGACAAUGAGUAUCCUCGUGAUUCACCUUUUCACAACCAUUUAAGAGAUGGGAUAUCGAGCCCAAUCCUUCUUUCUGGUUGGCCAGAGUACUAUAAUCUUCGGUCACUGCCAUUGUCAAGCCCUGUUGCUGACAUUCUUUCUCACCCACUGACAGUUUAUUACAUUUUGACUACCCUGAACAUCAGUUCAAAGAAUCUGUUACUCAAGGGGAAAGAGGUGAUUCUUCAUUACCUGGGACCUGAAGGGGAGUUGGAUUGGUUGCCAGCAUUUGCAGAGAUUAGCCAUUUGCUCAAUGGAUCAGGCAAUAUACAUAUUGUAAUGGUGGGGACUGAAGUUCCAACCAAUUUAUCGGGCACAACUUCAGGAAUAAGUAGCAGGGUGAGGGUGAAUCUCGUGAGAGGCAUUUAUCAAGAGGAAGCCACCUACUUGCCAUCUCCCCAUAUUAUAGUUGCAUUGAACUGUGGAUUAGAUAGCUAUAUGAGUUGGGGUGGUGCACUUGAAUUAAUAAAAUCUGCAAGUGUUCCAGCAUUCUUUACAGAACAGUCAGAAAUUUCAUGUGGAAAUGCAAAGCAAGUACUUCGAGGAGCUGGAUUACACAUUACGCAUCCUGUGACACCAAAUCCUUUUCGCUCUCCUGUGAAGACUCAUGGCACUUCUAGCAAUCUUCCUUCGUAUAGCAAUGGGUUUGUACUUGGAGUGAAUACAUGAAUUGGAAUUGUACUGUAUGAGUUGGGUGAAGCACUUUAAUUGAUCAAAUCUGCAAGUGUUCCAGCCUUCUUUUCAAAACAGUGAAUUUUCGGGUUCAAAUGCAAAGCAGGUCCUUCAUGGGGCUGGAUUGCACAUUUCCCAUUUUGUGACACCAAAUCCUUUCUCAUGGCACUUCUAGCGAUCUGCAAACUGCAAAUGGUAGCGGGUUGCACUUGAGGUCAAUACAUGAGAUGGAGCCUUGGAGGGCUAAACCUGGGAUUGUAUUUGUUAUCUGUCCUACCUGUUAUUUACCUCAUGGUAAUCAUGUGUGCUGAAGAUGAUGACUGCAAAAUAAUUUAGGCUGAUGCAGUAUAUUUAGCAUACAUGAUUUCUGUUGAGCAUUGAGGAGAACUUCUAUCAAGAAUGGGCUUCAAUUUUUUUCCUUUGAUAA